AAUGUGAAUCACCAUCACCUUUUCUCUUCCUCUGCUACGUCACCACUCUCUGGAUUUACAAGUUUAAUCUUUAAACUUUAACAUAGAACAAUAUAAUCUAUAAUCUUUCCCUUUCUAGCUGAAAAACGUACGUUUUUGUAAGACGGCACAUGAGAGGGGUCAGGUGUAUCUUUGAAGUUAAACACUUCCCAAAUUGCAUUUAGGCAACGCUUAACCACAGAGAAGCAGGUGAGCUUUUUGGUAAAUGAGUUAGCCAGUUUAUCGACCCUCUGUUUAUAAAGCCCUGUUGGACUUUCUCCUCCGCUAGUAGCUGGCCACGUACCAUCUGGAGUGUUUCAGCUUUUUGGAAAGCGCUUCAUCCCCACUGAUCAUGCAGCCGACUGUCUUCUCGCUCAUCCUGAUUACUGCACAUGUUUCUGUUACAGUGGAUUGUAGGUCGAGGCUGCAGCAGCAACAGCUUCAGCAACAUCCGACGGAUAACAGCGGAAUACCUGCAGAUCUAUCUGCUGGUCCAGGACGUUUUCACUCUGAGCCGAGCAGAUCAGUGAGAAACGGCAUGCACAGAGGCUUUCUGGCUUUUUUAACAGCAAGUUUACCAGUAAGAACUGCUACAAACAACUUUGUGCCCACAUUUGAUUGGAGAAGAAAGCAGUUGCUCCACAAGUCUAGGCAAAAAGACUUUGGAUUGGACCUGGUCUUCCACCGCAUUUGGUCAGAUAUGGCGAACCACCAUGAUGUGCUUCUUUCUACAAGCGGUAACAGGCUGCUUAGAGUGGGAGGAAGAGAUCUGCAGGUGGUUCAUCAGCAGCCUUCAGAGGUCUCCUCAGCCCUGCUGGAGAGGUUCCCUUUAGUAAGGAGACAGAGGAGGAGUGGAGAAGUAAACCCCUCUGAUCCUUUGAGAUCUGAAUCAAAUCCCUCUCAUUCUGCAAAGGAUGCAGACGGUGUCCAGCCCGAACAAGAGCAAAUAGGGUCUGUGUCCAAAGAAACUAUCACAUCAGUUGAUGACCCUCUGUGGGUCUUACGGCCCAACGGCCACGGCAGUCCUGUCAAGACUAACAUUGCAGACAGGUCAAAACACAAAUAAGACUCUGGACUUGGAACGUGGUUGAAAAUCUUUGUUUGCAAUUAAAACUGACUAAGGGGAAGGAGUAGAUGAUCCUAGUUAGCCUGUAGUCUCAGCAGGAGCUGGACAGAUGUGAAGAGUGUCAAAAUAAAACAAGCAGGUGGUUUAUUCUUCUUCUGGUGACAUGACUUCUAUGAAAAUAGAUAAAACAUUUACCUAAAAUAGCCCAGAUUAAAAGCAGAAUAGAAAAUUAUUCCACCUUCAUAGGCACCAGCGAACCGGUUACAUCACAGUGACCUGUGCAGGUUCUGUGUUUGAACAGCAGAUGAUGCGUUUGGCAGCGUCUGACAUAAGUUUGGCCCUGUGUCCUACUGUCCUUUAACCUCUUUCGCCUGUUAAAUUUUAAUCCUUAAACCAGAUAAGACAAUGUUUAUUUUGCAUAUGUAAAAAUGUGUUUAUGUAAGUCUGAAUAUUUACACAGAAAUGUUUAUGCAAGAAAAAGAGUAAAAAAAUCAUCUGAUAUACAAAAAACAAAACCAAAACAAAGUUCAGGUGCAGGACACCAGCAGUCGCAGCAAUGAAAAGUAUUUAUUUAUUGAAACGUGUUAAAUGAGGUUCUUUCUAGCCUGAAGUAUAUUAUUUAUAUAUUUUGCUUCAUGCUGUUAUUUCUGAUGUAAAAAAGGCACCUCUUCUGUGGAGCAUCUAUUUUUAAUCUAAUCUGUAUUCUGCAAGAAAAAAAAGAUAAAAAUGUGCCUAAAAAUA